AAAAGUCAGAACUUUCCCUGUCAAAGAGGAUUUUUUCCGCAGUUUCCAUGAAAAUCAAUGUUAAUCCUACUCAAUACUCAUCCUUAAAUAAAUCAAUCCAUUCAGUUUCAUUUCUCCUAUUCCUAAUUCCCUCAUGAGCUAUGUACCAAAAAAAAAAAAAAAAAAAUUCCCUCAUGAGCUUCCGCAAAUGGGUUCACUCUCUCUAUACUCCAUCAGUACCCUGUUUGUCAUCUUAGCCACCAUCAGUCCUUCCUUGGCUGCGGAAGAUGAUGCAGGGUUUGCGGUGUGCAGUCGACCCUUUAGCUGCGGAAUCUGCAAAAACCUUUCUUUUCCAUUCUGGAGCGACACUGGGCCUCAGUACUGUGGGCAUGAGGGUUACAAACUCAAAUGCAAUGGAGAUGGUUCGCACCCUGUUAUAGUAAUCAAUGAGCGUGAGUUUCAAAUCCUUAGAAUCAAUCAGUCAGCCCAACCCCAGAUGAUGACCCUCUCCUGGAUGAACUCCGGAAAAGAUUCUUGUCCUACGGCCUUGAAUCACUAUCUCUUUAAACCUGCUAAAACAGUUGUGAAUGUGACUCUGCUUCGCAAUUGUCCUGAGUCUGCCGACCCUUUGUGGAAAAGGAUAGCAGCUACGCAUAAAAUUCAGUGCACUGUUGAUGGUAAACCAACCUACUUAUUAUUCUUGAGGGAUAACGAGACCCAUCUUGUGGAUUGUCGAGAUAAAGUGGAAGUUCCGGUUCCAGAGGAGGCUCUUAAUCAACUCAUUUCAGGAACUAUAAGUUUGAGUAAAGCCUUGAUGACUGAGUUUGACGUACAGUAUCUUGCAUACGAUGAGUAUUGUUUGAAAUGCCAGGGCUCUGGUGGAAGAUGUGGAUCCGGUCACACUUCUUCACUGUCAUUUGCUUGCUAUUGUCGCGACCGACCUUAUGAUAUAACAUGCGCGAAACCAAAUUGGAGGGUGAAGGUUGGAAUAGGUAUUGGCUGUGGUGUUGGAGGUAUAUUAAUAGCCAGCGCUGUGUUCUUCCUCUACCAACAGCGGAAGAAAGCUCUCAAAUAUGCUUGCUCAUGCUCAUUUUCACAAGACAACUCUUUACCACCAGAGACUGAUUCUGAGAUGGGAGUCUUCCUUAGUGUUCAACGCUUCAGCUACAAUGAACUUGAAAAGGCCACCAAUAAAUUUGAUUCUGAGAGGGAGCUCGGUGACGGAGGCUUUGGCACUGUAUAUCAUGGCAAACUCCGAGAUGGCCGCCAUGUUGCAGUCAAACGCUUAUAUGAAAACAAUUACAAAAGAGAGGAGCAAUUUUGGAAUGAAAUUGAGAUCCUAGGACAGUUGCGCCACCCAAACCUUGUCUCACUUUAUGGCUACACCUCUCGCCACAGCCGUGAACUCUUGCUUGUAUACGAAUACAUUUCUAAUGGCACGGUUGCUGACCAUCUUCAUGGUGAAGGUGCCGAACCUGGUUCACUUUCAUGGUCCAUUCGUUUGAAGAUUGCCAUAGAGACUGCAAAUGCAUUGACAUACCUCCAUGCUUCUGAUAUUAUCCACCGUGAUGUGAAAACCGACAACAUUCUCCUUGACGAGAACUUUUGUGUUAAAGUUGCAGAUUUUGGACUUUCUCGUCUCUUUCCAUUAAAUGCUACCCAUGUUUCUACUGCUCCACAAGGGACUCCUGGUUAUGUUGAUCCAGAAUAUCAUGAAUGCUACCAGCUUACAAACAAGAGUGAUGUCUUUAGCUUUGGGGUUGUCUUGAUUGAGCUAAUAUCGUCCAAGCCAGCUGUUGACAUCACCAGGCACCGCCAUGAGAUAAACUUGUCUAACAUGGCCAUCAACAAGAUUCAAAAUCAAGCAUUGCACGAGCUUGUAGAUCCAUCUCUUGGGUUUGAAUCAGACUACAAAAUAAGAACAAUGAUAACUUCAGUAGCAGAAGUGGCAUUUCGGUGCCUUCAAGGUGGGAAGGACAUGAGACCGACAAUGGAAGAGGUGCAUGAGGCUUUAAAGGAAAUACAGAGUGGAAACUACAAUAAAAGGAAGGUAGGGGAUCAGAUGGACAAUUCAGCAGAUAAGGUUGUGUUGUUGGAGAGUGGACCUCAGACUCUCUCACCGGAUUCUGUUACUAUAAAAUGGGUUAGUAACUCUUCAACAUCUAAUGCCAGUAUUUGAGUUUUUUCAGCAUCUCAUUUUGCUAGAAUUUGAAGGCAUAUAAUGAAUUGUCUGUACAACUUGUAACAUCCACCAUAUAUUCAACAAAAGAUGGUGUUUGUAAUAUUUAUUUCAUCCCAGACUAGACCUUAUUAUCCAAAUUGGAAUGUGCAUAUGGUUUAGGAGAUACCAAGUCACCUGGUAUAUAAAGCACAUGUACCUGAUUUUUGUGUUCUGGUUUGUCUGUUCUGGUAAUUUACAGUGUAAACAAAAUAAUUUAUUUCAUUCAUC